AAACUGAACCAGUCGUUGAGACACGAAGCAGAAAUGGCGCAGAAAGGAGUUCAGCUGGAUCAGGAAACAAUUUCCUGUUCGAUCUGUUUGGAUCCACUGAAGGAUGCGGUGACUAUUCCCUGUGGACACAGCUACUGUAUGAGCUGUAUUCAAACCCACUGGGAUGGAGAGGACGGGAAGAACAUCCACAGCUGCCCUCAGUGCAGACAGACCUUCACACCCAGGCCUGUCCUGGUCAAAAGCACCAUGUUGGCAGAUUUAGUGGAACAGCUGAAGAAGACUGGACUUGGACCUGCUGCUGCUGAUCACUACUACGCUGGAGCUGAAGAUGUGGCCUGUGAUGUGUGCACUGGGAGGAGACUGAAAGCUGUCAAGUCCUGUCUGGUGUGUUUGGUCUCGUACUGCCACAAACACCUUCAGCCUCAUCAUGAAUCUGCUGCCUUUAAGAAACACAAGCUGGUGGAUCCGUCGGAGAAGCUCCAGGAGAAUGUCUGCUCUCGUCACAGUGAGGUGAUGAAGAUGUUCUGCCGCACUGAUCAUCAGUGUAUCUGUUAUGUCUGCUCUGUGGAUGAACAUAAAGGCCACGACACAGUCACAUCUGCAGCAGAAAGGACUGAGAGGCAGACAGAGCUGGUGGUGAGUCGAGAGAAAAUCCAGCAGAGAAUCAAAAACAAACAGAAAGAUGUGAAGGUGCUUCAACAGGAGGCGGAGGACAUCAGUUGCUCUGCUGACGAAGCAGUGGAGAAGAACCACAAGAUCCUGACUGAGCUGAUCCGACUCCUGGAGGAAAGAAGGCGUGAUGUGGAGCGGCACAUCAGAUCCAAGGAGGAAACUGAAGUGAGUCGAGUCAAAGAGCUGGAGUCGAAGCUGAAGCAGGAGAUCACUGAGCUGAGGAGGAAAGACGCUGAGAUGGACAAACUGUCACACACACACGACCACAACCAGUUUUUACUCCAGUAUCCAUCAGUGUCCAAACUCAGAGAAGAUCCAGACUCAUCUGGCAUCGACAUCUGUCCUCGGAAUUAUUUUGAGGAUGUGACAACAGCUGUGUCAGAGCUCAGAGAUAAACUACAGCUCAGUCUGACAGAGGGAUGGACCAACAUCUCACUGAGCAUCACUCAAACACAGGUUCUACUAGAACCGGAACCACAGACCAGAGCAGGAUUCUUACGAUAUUCACGUCAAAUCACACUGGAUCCAAACACAGUGAGUGAACUUCUGUCACUGUCUGAAAGGAAUAAAAGAGUAACAGUUAUGAGACAAAAACGGAACUAUCCUUAUCAUCCAGACAGAUUCAGUUGGUUUCAGGUCCUGAGCAGAGAGAGUCUGACUGGUCGAUGUUACUGGGAGGUGGAGUGGGGGGGGAGCCUUCGGGUCGCAGUCGCAUAUAAGGAUAUUAAGAGAAAAGGAAACUAUGAUGAAUGUGGAUUUGGAUACACUGACAAAUCUUGGGCUUUAUGUUGUGACAAUAACUCGUUUGUAUUUCGUCAUAACGAUGUUGAGUCUUCUAUCCCAGGUCCAGUUUCCUCCAGAAUUGGAGUGGACCUGGAUCACACAGCAGGUAUUCUGUCCUUCUACAGCAUCUCUAAAACCAUGACUCUGAUCCACAGAGUCCAGACCACAUUCACUCAACCUCUGUACGCUGGACUUGGACUUUGGUAUGUUGGAGACACUGCCCACUUUCCUAAACUCCAUUAAACUCAUCAUUGAGUUUGAUCCAGUUGAUCAGAUCAAUCUUUUCGUAUCUGUCUCUAAACCACACGACACAAAAACAAAUCAACUUUUUUUUUUUUUUUAAUGAACUCACAAUCCAGAUUUGGUCCCAUUCAGACUUUUUUUUGUGAGGAUCUAAUAGUCAAGUGUAUGUGACUCUCAACCAGCCAAUAGUCUGUUUGUAGAACCAUCUGUGAUGUUCACAGAGCUGUCAUUAACUGAGGACCACACAACAAGACUUUCAUGGUGUCUGUGCUUUGGACUGAGUCAAACAAAGUGGAGCCGUUUUUCUACUUUGGAGGAGUUGAGUUCAAAUCUACUGUUGCAUCCUGUUUCCUACAGAAGAAGCACGGACAUGGAUUUGGAGACAACCAUAGAAGUGGAGAUCAUGAACCAGCUCAUGCAUGGAAACCUGUUCAUCUGAUUGAGUUCAUUUUGUUCCAUCUGAGCAUGUGCAAGGAAAUAGAACUGAGAAAAAACCAAGUGAUUUAGUCAAACAUGAGCUGAAGGCCAGAACAGGAAGUUGGAUUCUAUUGUCACUACGUAUGUACAGACCCCCAAAAGAAAUCCAAUAAUGGACUGAAACACUGAAACACGGUUUUUCCAUGAUUUCUGAAGUGCACAUAAAUGCACCAUAUCUGAUUAUUCCAUUUAUAUGAUUAUUAAGUUGUUGGGUUUUUGUUAUGGUCAUGUAAAGGGGCUGAAAAUGUUGGAUGAUCCAGUCCAAUAGAUAGAUGUCCACCGUCUUAGAAAAUGGAACCAUUUGUCCUUAAAGCCUGAGGCGUGACUAAGUUCAGUGACGUAGAAAAUACUGAUGUUGUAAAUACGAGAAGAUGUAAUAUUAGGAUAAUUAUCAGUCAUCACAUAAUAGGGAAGUUUAUGGAAAAAAGAGGAUUUGUGCAUAAAAAUAUGAAUAAAAAGAUAAAGAAACAAUUUUGUCUCUUUGUUCUAAGUCUUAAAAUAAACUGUUAUUUCCCAACAGACAUUAAGGGUCCAUCAGAUCCACAUUUGGACACCAUAUGAACAACUACAGUCCAGUGGAAAAGUCCUGGUCCAACAUUCUGUUUGUUGGUUUAGUAAA